GUCCUCUCGAAAUCGGAUAUUUCACAUUUUUCCAUUCGUGCAUUACAUCCACGAUAAACAAGCAUCCUUCGAUUUUUUUUAUCAAGUGUCAUCUGUAUUCUACUCGGAAGAUUUUCAUCAAGAAAACCACGAAUACGAGGUUAGAAGUGAACGCGCGCGAUCCACGAACGAUCGCGUUUAUAUGUAUGAUUAUUCGUUUGCUCGACAGUUUUUUUUCAUAUUUUAUCGAUUUUCGCUUAAUUGCAAGAUGAGAUGUGUUAUGAAUACAAGAAGAAUAAGUAAGUCUCGAUCCUAGAUCGAUUUUAGUUACGAAAUCAGGACUUUCGAUCUUUUGAAACGAAAAGUUCGAGGAGACAAACAAAGCAAUCCAUCUCGUCUCAUCGAUUCACUUAAAAUGAACAAACCGAAUGGUGCAGGAAAUACAAAUCAAAAAAAUAAUAAUGAAAUAUACAUAAAUCAUGGUUUGACUGGAUCUAGGGAUAGCUUGGAUAUUGAUCGUUCGAACAGUUCUCAAAUUCUGCAUGAUUCUUAUGAAAGUCAUCGAGAAAUACAAGGUUCUUCGGAUUUUAUCCUGGUGGAAGAAUCUGGAGAUUAUGGAAUGGAACAAAAAGAUAGUUUUCUUAAUUCCACGAUGUAUCAAUUGAGACGACGUUGUAGAUCAGUUUGUACGAAGAAAACUGUUUAUAAAAGAGUGCCAAUUUUAAAUUGGCUACCCAGAUAUAAUGGGCAUGAUGCACUCGGUGAUCUCGUUGCUGGUGUCACCGUUGGUCUCACUGUAAUCCCACAAUCGUUAGCAUACGCUAAUGUAGCAGGUUUACCACCUCAAUAUGGAUUGUAUGGUAGCUUUCUAGGAUGUUUUAUUUAUGUUAUAUUCGGAUCUUGUAAAGAUACACCGAUGGGACCAAGUGCCAUCAUCUCUCUGCUCACGUACCAAACAGUUGCACGCCUUGAUGAACCAUUGAAACAUGCGAUACUUCUCUGUUUCUUGUCUGGAGUAAUAGAACUUAUAAUGGGUAUAUUUGGUCUUGGAUUUUUAAUCGAUUUUGUGUCCGGGCCUGUAAGUUCUGGAUUUACAUCAGCAGUAGCUCUAAUAAUUAUAACAUCACAAAUAAAAGAUAUACUCGGUAUUCCUGCGAAAGGUUCGCAAUUUCUUGAAAUGUGGAAAAGUCUCGUUGGACUUUUACAUGAAACUUCAGCUUGGGAUGCCGCACUUGGUGUAACUUGUAUAGCGCUUCUUUUAUUUCUCAGGCUUUUAGCAUCGUAUACAAUUGGUCCUAAAGAUGAAGAAUUGCAAAGUACAAAAUAUCGAGUAUUAAAUAAAUUUAUAUGGUUAUUUGGUACCUCGCGAAAUGCACUUUUAGUAAUAUUAUCUGGUCUUUUGGGAUAUAGUUUUAGAAAAAAAUCACUCUUCAAAUUGGUUGGAUAUAUACCAGAAGGUAUGCCAAAUAUACAACCACCAUCAUUUAGUUAUAUCAAAUACGAUAAUACAACAGUCACAUUUGUAGAUAUGAUUUCAAAUUUAGGUAGCGGUAUUCUUGUUUUACCGCUUAUCUCUUUAAUGGAAGAUAUUGCUAUUUGCAAAGCAUUCUCAACUGGAAAAUCAGUUGAUGCAACACAAGAAUUAAUAGCAAUUGGAAUAUCAAACAUUGGUAAUUCUUUUGUUCAGGCGUUUCCUGGUACAGGAUCUCUUAGUAGAAGUGCGGUAAACAAUGCUUCUGGAGUAAGAACACCAAUGGGAGGCAUUUAUACUGGUACUUUAGUAAUAUUAGCUCUUCUCUUUCUCACUCCAUAUUUCAGUUAUAUUCCAAGGUGUACAUUAGCAGCAAUCAUUAUAGCUGCAGUAAUAUUUAUGGUCGAAGUUAAAGUCGUAAAACCAAUGUGGAGAACUAAAAAAUCAGAUUUAAUUCCUGGUUUAGGAACAUUCAUUGCAUGUUUAUUACUACAAUUAGAAAUUGGAAUUUUAUGUGGUAUUGGAAUAAAUAUUUUGUUUAUUUUAUAUCAUGCUGCAAGACCAAAAAUAUCCGUGGAAAAACUUAUGUCUCGACAUGGUAUUCGAUAUCUUAUGUUAACUCCAGAUCGAUGUUUAAUUUUUCCAUCUGUUGAUUAUGUGCGAAAUUUAGUAACAAAAUAUAGUCAAAGAACAGGGAAUGUAGCGACACCAGUUGUAAUCGAUUGUUCUCAUAUUUAUGGGGCAGAUUUUACUGCAGCCACAGUAAUUGAAACUUUAACAAAAGAUUUUGCAUCAAGGGGCCAACCACUAUUUUUCUAUAAUUUAAAACCUUCGGUUUAUGCCGUAUUUGAAGGUGUUGCAUCAACUGAUUUUGUCGUUUAUUAUACUCAAGAAGCGUUAGACGAUCUCCUAAAAGAAAGAGGAUACAUAAAACAAAUUAAAUAAUAUAUAUUAUUUAUAUUUCAAAUGAAUUAAUACAACUUGGAUUACCAUUAUUUUUUAUUGAUAAUAUAAUGGUAGUCCUUUUUGUUAUAUGCAAAGUUGUUAAACAACGGUUUUCUUAAUUACAUCAUUAUUUUUUAAUUUGUUUAUAGAUUUUACGAAAGUAUGAAAUAUAAGAUAAAUACUUUUUCAAUUUAUCAUUCAUGUUCAACAAAACACAUCAAACAUCAUUGCAUUUUAUAUUUAAAAAUGCAUUAUAUGAUUAAUAUAAUAUUUAUAUUAAAUGUACUAUAAUAUAGAUAUAUUUUUAAUCAAUCAUUUUUAUGAUGCGUUGAAAAUAAUGCGAUUGAAAAUAAAUUAUAAUAUUUUAAUUAUUUGUUAUUAUUGUUGUUAUUACAACAAAGGUGCAGUAUUAAUGUAAACGCAUUAAUGUUAGUGAAUAAAAAUUGUGAACAAA